AUGGCGGAUACUGCGGAAGAGGUGAUGGUCGAAGCUACUAGAGAGAAGGCUCUUGUUUCAACACCAAAGAUGGCGGAUGCUGCGGAAGAGGUGAUGGUCGAAGCUACUACAGAGAAGGCUCUUGUUUCAACACCAAAGGUGGAGGAUGAGAUUUCUGGAAUCCUAAGUGAAAUUGUUGACCGUGUUGUGCUGUGGGGUGAUCCUUCGUCGAUGGAGAUGGAUUUCUUCUCACUAGACUAUCGAAGAGCGCCUUCAAUGGCUUCAGCAUCAUCAGCAAGUGGAAGCGAGUUUGGCGAUCUGAGUGAUAGUGAACUGCCUGUCAUGGAGAGCGACGAAGACUCAGAUUUGGAGUUCGAAAAGUUACAAACAUUGUCUUGCGAAUGGCGUCUCAAAAAAUUUCAAGAAGAACAUCCUAGCGGUGUUCCUAAGCAGAAAAGAUUGAGAACUGAGAAGAAAGUGUAUCGCGCUGAUUUAGAGCACGACUACGAUAACUUACCACCACUGGAAAAUCUCUCGAUACACUGUGCUGAAUCUAUACCACUGGAACCUAUCGGUCAUGUAACAUCCAUCGUUGACUGUUUAGGUAUGAUUUAA